AGGCCUCACUCAUUUUCUCCACUAUUCACCCCUCCACCCUCUCCAUCCCAACAGGCAUCAAGGUGAUCCUGGACUUGACUCCCAACUACCUGGGAAAACAGGAAUGGUUUGGGAUUAACUUCAACGGGACCGACGGAGACCAGGACGUGUUGCGGGAGAAGGAAGCGUUUCAUUUCUGGCUGCAGAAGGGCGUGGACGGGCUGCAGCUAGGAGGGAUCGAGCAAGUCCUCGCUUCUACUCCCAGUCGGUUCCUGGAGUGGCAGAACUUGACGAGAAACUACUCUGCGGACUCAAAGGAGAGGGUCCUCAUCGGGGCCACGGGAGUGACCGAGCUGCAGGAGAUCGUCCGGCAGCAGAACAUCUCGGACGCCGACCUGUUGUCCAGCGGGUACCUGCGCCACGUCCUCGAGGCCCCACCGCCGCUCUCGUCUAGCUCCGUCUGGAGGAGCCUGGACGCCUACAUCACGGGCAUCGGCAAAUCCUGGCCCUGCUGGGGGAUGGGAGGAUCGUACCACAUGGCGAGCUUGGACUCGAACCUGGCCGGCCUGCUGCCGGUGAUGCUCUACACUCUCCCCGGCACCCCAUUCAUCUACUACGGCGAUGAGAUUGGGCUGCAGCCUGCAAUGCCCAACCAGGAUCCCUGGAUGAUGUGGAACUCGUCGGAGAAUGCCGGCUUCACCUCUAAAAGCUUUAACAUGGGCAAACCCAGCCUGAACGAGACUGUGGAGGGCCAGAAGGCGGAUGGGACCUCGCGCCUGUCCCUGUUCAAGAAGCUGGGCCUGCUGAAGGUGAAGGAGCGCUCCCUGCAGUUCGGAGAGGCCUACUCAGUGCUCCUGGCGGACGGCGUGCUGGCCUACGUGCGUUCCUGGGACCAGAGCGAUCGUUUCCUGGUGCUCCUCAACUUCGGCCAGGAGCCCGCCACCACCUCCAUGGCCGGCCUAGCCGACAUGCCGGCCAAAGCCACAGUGGAGGUCAGCUCGCUGGGCACCAGGCCCAACCACGAGAUCGAUCUCCACGACAUCAAACUGGCCGCGGGAGAGGGGCUGGUGCUCAAGUUCCCCUUCGUCGCGUGAGGGGGGGAGAGAGGGCCGACCAUCUUUCACGCACGUUCACAUUCCACCUCUUUUAACAAAACGCCAAUUUAUUUUUUCCUCCGCUCGUAUUCUCGCUGUGUUUCUCUCCUCCUCCCUGCCCGGGCCCUCAGCGGUUUCUCAAUCUCCUUGGCCCCUCUCGAUGGCCAAAUAGAGUCACAGAGCCUAGAAAAUGGCCGCCAUAGUCCCAAUGUUCCAUGACCACUCCGAUGACCAAAUAGAGACACAGAGCACAGAAAAUGGCCGCCAUAGGCCCAACUUGUUCUUGCCCACUCCAAUGGCCAAAUAGAGUCACAGAACACAGAAAAUGGCCGCCUUAGGCCCAAUGUUCCAUGCCCACUCUGAUGGCCAAAUAGUCACAGAGCACAUAAAAUGGCCGCCUUAGGCCCAACUUGUUCUUGCCCACUCCAAUGGCCAAAUAGAGUCACAGAGCACAGAAAAUGGCCGCCUUAGGCCCACCCUGUUCCGUGCCUGUCGAUUAGUGUCACCCAUACCGAGUCAGGUUCAUAUCCCAACUUCAGACACCUUCAUGUUGAAUUGACUGCGCCUCACACAAAGUGACCGGAAUCCAAAGUCUCUUAUUAGCAAUUCGGCGUAGGUAACUUCAUUUCAAUGUACAGCACAUCAAGGGAGAGAGAGGAAGAGAGCUUUUUUAUUAAACUUGUAGACAGAGCCACGGUGGGGAGUCACAGUAUGAGUGACAUUAAUCUACAAUGCCCACCUCGAUGGCCAAAUGGAGUCAAAUAGCCCAGAAAAUUGGCCUCCCUUUGGCCCAAUUUGUUCCAUGCCCACCUCGAUGGUCAUAUUGGGUCGUCUAGCCCAGAAAAUGGCCCCCCUUUGGCCCAACUUGUUCCAUGCCCACCUCGAUGGGCAUAUUGGGUCGUAUAGCCCAGAAAAUGGCCCCCCCCUUUGGCUCAAGCUACCCACCGCUAGCCAAAGUAGGCCCCAACCCCCCUCUCAUCGCCUUGAUACGGUCACCAUCUUUACAAUGGAGGGAAAGUUGCUGGCUCGAAGGGCCGAAUGGCCUACUCCUGCACCUAUUGUCUAUUGAGGUGAGAUCUGAAGUGAGCUGGAAUUCAGGAGCGGUUCUGCUCAUAAGAUGACAUUAAAAUCCCGCUUGGGAUUAGAACUUGGGGGUUGUCAAGGCAACACGGAGACGGUGCGAUUUGUCCCUGCCGACUUUAAGAUGGUCAUAGAGUCAUCCAGCACGGAAACGGGGGCCCUUUGGCCCAUCUUGUUCCUCGCCGACCAAAAUAGUCAUGCAUGCUGCAAGCUGCAAGGAAAGGGGGCCCUUCGGCCCAUCUUGUUCCAUGCUGCCCUCGAUGGUCGUAGUGUUCAAGAAGGAACUGCAGAUGCUGGAACAAUCGAAGGUGGGCAAAAAAUGCUGGAGGAACUCAGCGGGUGAGGCAGCAUCUAUGGAGAGAAGGGAUGGGCGACGUUUCGGGUCGAGACCCAUUCCUUCGCUCCAUAGAUGCUGCCUCACCCGCUGAGUUUCUCCAGCAUUUUUGUCCAGCUGAGAUAGACACAUAGCAUAGAUACUACCCCCUUUGGCUCGACCUAACCCAUGCUGACCAAGGUAGUCGUACAAACAGGCCCUUCGGCCCAACUCAUCCAUGCUGUCCAAGAUGGUCAUGAGUCGCUCUGCACAGCAACGGGGGAAGGAAUAGUCUUUGACUGGAUAGCACGCAGAAAAAAAACGUUCUUCAGCACACGUGACAAUCAUAAGACAAAUAAAACGUACAAGUUUGUGGGUUAAUUGGCUUCGGUAAAUGCAAAUUGCCCCUAAUAUGUGGGACAACGCAUAUGUACGGGGAGAUCGCUGGUGGUCGUGGGCAGAAGGGCCUGUUUCCGCGCUGUAUCUCUAGUCUAAACUAGUAUACGGGGUGAUCGCAGGUCGGCAUGGACUAGGUGGGCCGAAGGGCCUGUUUUCCUGCUGUGUCUCUAGUCUAAACUAGUAUACGGGGUGAUCGCAGGUCGGCACGGGCUUGGUGGGCCCAAGGGCCUGUUUCCCUGCUGUAUCUCUAGUCUAAACUAGUAUACAGGGUGAUCGCAGGUCGGCACGGACUAGAUGGGCCCAAGGGCCUGUUUCCGCGCUGUAUCUAAAGUAUAAAGACAUCCCUUCCUGCACCCGCUGACCAAAGUCUCCUGGUCCGACUCCAGCCCCCCCCCUAGUUUCAGUUUAAGUCAUCCUUGGAUUGAAUGGAUCCUGAAACGUUAACUGUUCUCUCCUGAGAUGCUGCCAGCGGCCAUUUUGCGGGAUUCUUUUAGUCCGUAAACCCAGAUUUGACUUUGACCUGUAGCUUGUAAAACGACGUCUCAAGCUGAUCUCAUUGUCCCAGCCCCUCCCUGCCUGCCAGUGUGAGUUGCCAAAAUCCACCUUUGAGGAACACGCGCGCGUUCUAACCUCUGCCAUUUUUACAGCUGUCUCCGGAUUACCUUUUAGUCGUUAACUGAAUGUCUGCCUUUUGGCCUCGAGGUAUUUUUGAAACAUUUUUCGUAUUUUUCCACAUUUUUUAAUUUCAAAACCUUGUGUUUGAAUUAAAAGCCAAUUGUGAAAGCAGAA